UGCUUCUCGGACGGAGACAUUGAAUAAUUUUCCUCGUGCUGCCUCUCAAGUGUGUCAGUUCAUUGAUUCAUUGAACUUCCUUCAAAAUAACAAAAAAUUUAUAGAUUUUCAAUUGUUGGACAUAAGUCAAUUGGUGACAAUUUUGUUUUGUGGACCAAAAAUAAAGGAAAUAAUAAAAAAAUUCCCAGUGACUGAAAUUUCGCAAUUGUAAAAAAUUUUCUUCAUCCUAUUCGUGUGAAAUGUGAUCAGAUAUAUUUUUUUUGUUAAAGCACAGAACUAAAGCCGACAAAAAAAUUAUUUUUCUUUCUAUCUCAUCAAAUGAGGAGGAGAGGAACUGUUUUAUUAUUAAAAUAAGAAAAGAAAUGUCGAAAUGAAGCUAAAAAUAAUGAAAAAUUUCAGCCUUUGAGGUGAAAAACUUUUGCUGCAGAUUUUUCGUAUUUUGUGAAGUGAAAAUUGAAAUUUUUUUAUUUCGUAAACCUGGAAAAAAUAUUUUCGUGAUAAAAAUAAACACGUGAAAAUAUUAGAACUGAUCAUAGUAAAAUAUUUCAGCUAUUAACGUAUAUGAAUGUGUGAAUAAGAAGUAAAUUAACGAGCUGUGAAAAUGUCAGACACAUCGACUAUUGACGAACCUGAGCGUAAAGUUAAGCUCGAAAGUUUUUAUUUCCAGCGUAAAAUUCUCUUUGGAUGUACGAUUGGAUUGAUUGUUGGAUUAAUAUUAUGGAUUGUUGCAAUAUCAACAAAUCGAUGGUUUAUUGUUAGCGGGGGGAAUGAAGGAAUUUUCGUUGAAAGUCAUCGACGAUAUUUUAAAUCAUCGCAUACAGGCAUUUGGAGAAACUGUAGGUACUGGAUACAGCCACAAAUAGUCUCAUCAUCUGUUGUGCGGAAUUUCACAACAUUUCAAGCAUCACAUGAUGAUCUUAAAGGUAUCAAAGCAUCAAUAAUGAAGGAAGAGUUCUUCAAGAGCUUAGAAAGCAAUGCUUUGCCAGACAUUGCUAAUAUUACAGAGAAUAGUGAGGAAUUUAGGAAGCAUUUAUUUGCCGAAUGGUUUGAUAAAGACAGAAGCGAGUUCAAUCAGCUCAAAAACAAGUUCCAUGAGUUCCAUAAGAAAGAGAAAAUCGUGGAUGUCAUGUAUAUGAAUCCUGGUGCACAUGAGAUAGUCAAAAAGAGGCUGGGUGACUUAGUGUUUCCUGUACAAUUUAACCAGACAGAUACUAUGCAUGUUGUCAUACCAAAGAUGCUUAAAGACGCGUUAUUUGAAGGAUGGAAUGAGCAUGGAAUGAAUAUGCUGCGAGUAUUGUUUCACUAUGCGCACAGCCUUGAAAUCAGCCCAGUCAUUCAAAUUGGUGACGACAAAUUCGUUUUUCAACCACCGAUCCCACCAAAAAAUUUAAAAAAGCCAGUCAAUGGCUAUAUGUAUCACAAAAAUCAAAAAUGCACAUACUACAACCUAUUCGCUGACGAUGCAGAAAUUGCAGCUGAUCCAGCAGUUGACGAAGACAUGAUUGAUCUCAGCCGAACAGCUGCAACAUUUUCAAUUAUAGCAUUAUUCAUAAUGAUUUUAGGAGUCUUCUUUACUGUUUAUACAUUUUUAAAUCCUCGUUAUAUGUUUAAACGGCUGUCAGGUGGUGUUCAUUUUAUUUCGGGAGUUUGCUGUUCUAUUGUGUGCCAUACUCUACUUGCGUCAGUCAAACAUGCUGAGCAGUACUUAAAAUUUGCUUUUCCUGAUAAAGCUACAUAUACAACUGGCUACGGAUUUUUUUUUGGAUGUCUUGUUGCGGCAAUCAAUUUCAUCUCAUGCAUAACUUUCUUCUGGUACUCUAAGAAGAAGAAGGGAGAUAAAGCAGCGACAGAAGAGCUUGGAAUGGCUGAUGAAAACAUUCAAAUUGGAAGAUAAACUUCCAAUAAAAAAGUCAAAAAAUUUAUUUAUAUUUUUUUUCAUGUUCCUUUUAUUUUGUUUGUUACUUGUCUCUUGUCUGUUUGAUGAUAUUUUUCUUGUUAUUUUUUUCGUGAAAGCUAAUAAUAAAGACAUUUAAUAAAUUGUUAAUGAAUUUU